AUGUCUUGAAAACCGGAUAUCCGGUAAAGGUGCUCUAGGUAAAAAUGUCCGGUGGGAGGCCACUGCCUUUAUCCGUUAUCGAUUUUUAAAAAAAAAAUGAUUUUUACCGUCGAUACUCGCGCUUUGAACCACAUUGAACCAUAAACAUUUACUGUGUAUACAGCUCCACAGUAUCAGCUGUUGCUAGCUGGUUAAUGUUAGCCUUUAGCUUCUCUGCAUGUAAACAAUGCGGUGAAGACGACUGAGGUUCCGGUUGACACACGGAAACAAACAAUCCGGAGCACGAACUGACAGAAGUGGGCUUGUUGGUUUGCUCCAGAACCUUGAGUCGGCAGAGGUCCGUCCCUGUCUCCUAUGGAGUCACUCAACACGUUUGAAUCUGAGAUGGAGGCUGAUGGACAAGGGAACUACUCUCUGUUUCCUGCUCUGGACAGCAUUGCAAGCCUGUCAGGGACUGCAGAAACUCUGGAGAGCGAACCACCCAGCGAAAUUGCAGAGAAGCCAAACCUCACAUGGCUCGAUGCUGCACAGAUUGUCUUGGAAGAAGCAGGACGUCCCAUGCACAUAAAGGAGAUUAAGCAGAGAAUCAUCGACAGAGGACUUGUUCAAUCCAAUGCAAAAUCGAGCCUGGAGGCUGUCAUGUACCGUGAGACACAAAAAGGCAGCAGGAGAUUCAAGAGGAUUGAGAACAGAAACGGAGUCUUUGCACUGCUGACUGAUGAGGAGCGGCAGCAGGCCCUGCAGGCCUUCACCGCCCAGUCUUUCCUCAGCUCUCCGCAGCAGAACACCCUCGGCAGCUCUGGCUCAGGUGCCUCGGCGACCGCCUUCCCGUCCCCCACCAGUUCCUCUGAGCAUAAGGCCAAGAUGAAGAAAGGUUCCCGGAAAAACCAGAACGAAAAGUACCGGCUCAAGUACAUCAGGCUGCGCAAAGCAGCUCGUGCUAUGAUAUUUGAGAAUGCAGCUCUCUGUGAUGAAGUUGCCCACUUAGAAGAAAAGUUUCUGAGAGCAAAGGAGGAGCGGAGGUUUUUACUGAAGUCGUUGUUGCAGUACCAGUCCUUGUCAGAGGGGGAGAUACUGGUGACACCCAGCUCAAGCUCUCAUCCACCUGUGCCGCCUGUGGCAUUAACCUCAGGUACUGCCGGGGCUUCAGGCCUGUCUGGGGGGCAUAACUUGGCGUCGGUGGUGUCAACGGGUGAAGAGGGACCUCUUAAAAAACCCAAGAAGGAAAGGAAAGAGAGAGGAAGGGAGAAUGGAAAGGAAGAACUGCCAAAGAAGAUGCCUAAGAAGAGAAAGCUCGCAGACGGGUCUCGGAAGCUGGUGCAGCCCAUCCCACUGGACUCAUCUGGUCGUCCUGUCUUUCCCAUUGUGCUGGGAGGUUUAACGGUCUACAGUCUGGGAGAGAUCAUCACAGACAGAAUGCUGUUCCAUGACGAGUGUGCCAUCUACCCAGUGGGCUUCUGCAGCACACGAGUCUUUGCCAGCAUGAAAAGCCCCGACCAGCAGUGCCUCUACACCUGCCAAAUCAAGGAUGGGGGAACAGGCCCACAGUUUGAGAUUGUGCCCGAAGAAGAUCCUCAGAAUGCCAUCGUGGCCUCCUCUGCCCUGACGUGCCACUCCAACCUACUGAAGGCCAUCGCGUCUGUAAGUUCCAAGUCUGUGGCACCCAUCGUGCCGUCAGGAGCAGACUUCUUUGGCUUCUCUCACCCCACCAUCCAGAAUCUCAUCCAGAGUUGUCCUGGAGCACGCAAAUGUACCAACUACAGAUGGAUUCGUUUUGAGGUGUGUCGCCCCGGUGAUGGCCAGGUUCCUCACAGCUUAUCAGAGGACGAUGCCUCUGUCAACUUUGAGGCCUACCAGAGACACCAGGGCUUUGAUGAGAACAUCAAGACAGAGCACAUCACAGGACAGACACCGCAGUCUCCUAGCUCCUCUCAUCAGCACCACCUGACCUCCCCCACCAUCAAGCCCUCUACCUCAUAUUUCAACUCCUGACUCGGAUAGCGCCGCAGAAAUCAAAGUCUUACCCGAUUGUAAUCCUUGUGAACUUUCUUUCUCAUUAACGAGCCUUACGUUUAUUUUUUAUUUAAAAAAUAACUUCCUGCUUAAAUUAUUCUUGAAUAAAAGGUGGCAUGAUAACACAAAUUUAUGCCAUCUUCUAGCUAGUCCCAGACAGCAUUACUGGGGAUGUGUGAUAGCAUGGUUUAUGAUACUAUACUGGAUGUGGCUGACGAGUUAGCUUUGUGCUUAACAUGCCAAUAGCAACAUAAACCCAAUGUCUCUUUAGUAGAAAUUACACUCUCACUGUAUAUAGGCAUAUGUGCUGGAUUUUAGAAAUUGUGUCUUAGUUGACAUUAUGUUUAAAAUGUAAUCAGUACAACCUUUUUUACUAGUUGGAUUACACAGGAAAAACUUAAAAAGGUUAUUAAGCUUUCUCAUUCCCUAGUUUUGGCACAUGACAUACUAUAGCAUUGGUAUUUAACUGUUGGUACCUUAAUUCAAGUUUUCCAAUUAAAUCAUGUUUGGAUUAAU